GUGGUAUUGCCAGCCCUGCGUUAUCAUUCGCGUCCCGGAAGUCGCGUCGCGUGGUUCCGGCGACCGCGUCGCGACGUCCAACCGCAGAUCGACAAAGGAUCGUCCUCGGCGACCGGGGACGAGGAAAGCUUCGCGAGAUGGUGGCCAGGUUUCGUUCCCUGAGGAAGAGCCAUCCUGGAUUCUGGUCAGGACUUCUCAAGAAAAGAAACAGGCCGAACUCCUCCGAGGUGCUGACGACGUAUUUAAAGCAGACCGGGGAGCCGCCCUGGACCUCGUACUUCGUGAAGUACACCGACGUGGUGAACGACCAGAGAGGCAUGUCGCACUUCAACUGGCCCGUAGGUACGAGCAAUUACCACGUACUGAGGACGGGAUGCUACCCCUACAUAAAGUAUCAUUGCACCAAGAGGCCAAAACAAGACCUGGCCAUGGACGACAAAUUCUUCAAGGCGAUCAAGAUUGUUAACCUCGGUAUCCCGACCUUGAUGUACGGAUUGGCGGCGACGCAGCUGAUCAGACACGAGGAGGUCGUCGCGACGCCCAAGGGAGACGUCACGAUUUACUUCCUGCUACCGGAAGACAAAGGCUCGAGAUACUGACCCCAGGAUGGAUCUCGAUGAAGAGGAUUAUCGGUGCGGCCAUUUUAAUUAACAUUAGAUCAUCGCGUGAAAAUCCUAAAUCGCGAACGAUAUCCCUUAUCCAGGAUCCGCGAUCAUUGUUAUCCGCGAGUGGAUCCGCAGCAUCCGCCCCACGUCCUGGACCACGCCCUGGACGUUGAACCGCGGACGACGCGACCGUAACGCUACCACGUGGCCAUUAAACCUCGUUACAUGUAAACUCCCGGGAUUUACCGACGUCAAUCAUCUGGUACUUUACGAGGCACCUCGUUGUAAAUUACAGUCCGCGUAUCCCCCGGCUCCGAGGAUACUUGAUACGGAUAUGACACGUUUUAUCUCCGUGCCUUCCCCGACGUGCGGUCGAACCGCGAAGAGAUACGACCGCGAGACCCCCGCGGAUACUUGAUCGAUAAGGAAAAUAAAUAAAUAAAUAAAUAAAAAAAUGAAUCGCGACAACGAGUGGAUCGUAAAGAGUUUCCACCUCUCGGUGGCCAUGAAUGCCUCCCCUGCAGAUACGGCAUCGCCUGUGCAGGAUGGGAGGGCAUCGAUGUCUCCCAAUGUAUAGUGGUGGAUAUGAAUCCCUCCUUUGCAGAUACGACAUCGCCUGUGCAGGAUGGGAGGGCAUCGAUGUCUCCCAGUGUACAUUCUGGACAUGAAUGCGUUCCCUACGGAUACGACAUUGCCUGUGCAGGAUGGGAGGGCAUCGAUGUCUCCCAGUGUACAAUGGCGGAUGUGAAUGCCUCCUCUGCAGACGCGACAUCGCCUGUGCAGGGUGGGAGGGCAUCGAUGUCUCCCAGUGGACCACUCUAAUUUCUAUUUUUUAUAUAUCUUCGAUAUCUCGGAUUAAAUACCAGAGAAUUGAAUUACACACACCUGUCCACUCCACCGCGAGUGUACCUGUGCUUAUUUCGAGUCUUACCGAGAAUGAAUCCAGGAUGCAUUGAACUCGAGGCGCCAAGGAAUGUCGGACCGUAGGCGAGGGUGGAAAGAUGGAUUUUCAUGGGAACCCAUUGUGCCGGCACACAAUGGCGAACGGGAAAGGAUCCUGAAAAUUCGCAUUGCACCUGAUCGGAAGAGACCGGAUGCACUUUUGGUCGUCCUCGCCCAUGAGAUGCACUUUCGGAUUCGGAGAUCGCCACGCAAAGAGUCAUCGACUAUGAGAGCCUCCUCUCUCUCUCUCGGAUGUCACGUUUAAUUUUAACCCUGACCAUUCGACCGGUUGACCGUCCCGGAUCCCUCUCCUCUCGCCGUCUCCCAGGAGAGGGGAAAUCUCUUAUCCGUUUACACCGGUUGUUUACAAACGCGUACAUCGUUACGGGCACCAUCGAGUACAUUUUUCCACCGUACGCUGGGAGACAUCAAUGCCGUGUCUGCAGGGGAGGCAUCCAUGUCCGCCAUUGUACAUGUCCCCUCUUUAUUUCCCAUUCUCUAAUUUUUUAAUAUUCCGCUCCAUAUUUUCGAAAAAAAAAAAAAUGACAAUAGAGGUUAGAGACGAGCCACGUGGUUCUGAUAAGGAGAGGAGCGAUAACGUUCGAUUCGGACGGAAUCGAGGCGGCUUCCCCUUGGGCGCCGACAUAACGGUCGGGCUCGAAUGGCCUCCUUUCCGCGCGCGGGCAAGACGCGACGGAAUCGCCGCACCUCUGGCUUUGCGUAACCGUUAACUCCCCGUAAAUGCGUAAGCAUUUACCUCUGCAUUUCGGCAUUCGAAGUCGCAUCGGGUCGACUUUCUUUCAUCCGACUAUGCGGAGAGGGUCGCGGAAAUUUCCGUCCACCGAUUCCGCGCCCUAGCCCACGUGCUUCGCCUAGGAGAAAUCUCGGAGAGUCCGUCUUAUGAAAAUUCUACGUUUUACGAAAAUCGUCCGUCUAAUGAAAAUCGUUCGUACGAAAAUUGUACGUCUUAUGAAAUUAGUCCGACUUAUGAAAAUCUUGCGUCUUAUGAAAAUUGUACGUUUUACGAAAAUCGUCCGUCUAAUGAAAAUCGUUCGUACGAAAAUUGUACGUCUUAUGAAAUUAGUCCGACUCAUGAAAAUCGUGCGUCGUAUGAAAAUUGUUCGUCGUAUAAAAAUUAUACGUUUUAUGAAAUUCGUCCGAUUUAUUAAAAUCGUCCGUCGUAUGAAAACCGUCCGUUUCAUGAAAAUCGUCCACCUUAGAAAAAUCGCCCGUCUUAUGAAACUCGUUCAUCUCAUAAAAAUCGUCCGGCUUCCGGUCCGCAAUCUCCCCCGCAAGCGGUGCUCCGAUUCGGCGGAUCUCUAGACGCGGAAUAUUCCGGUCGGUCGUCCACCUGCUGAAUCCGGACUCUCUCUUUCUCCCCGUUCGCCUCUCUCUCUCUCUCUCUCUCCGGUGCACCUGCGGCGUCCGCAAAACGCAGUUGCGGAACGCUCGCGGAGCCCCGGACAAUGGCGGCGCUCGUAAAGUCGCGAGGAAGCGCCGUCGCGGCGCCCACAGACGCCUCUCAUCCCCGCAGAGGUGAG